AUGAAAGGUCCUGGUGACAGCAGACAUUCACAGUGUCAAGGGGAAAGAUAUUAACAUUUUGAUAACAGGACUGAAUUUGCUCUUAAAGAAAUCAUGUCCUCUGGAGGUGCUGAAGAUGAUAUCCCACAGGGAGAAAGAAAAACAGUUACAGAUUUUUGCUAUCUUCUGGAUAAAUCUAAGCAACUAUUCAAUGGGUUAAGAGAUUUGCCACAAUAUGGACAGAAACAGUGGCAGUCCUAUUUUGGAAGAACUUUUGAUGUUUACACCAAACUCUGGAAGUUCCAGCAGCAGCAUCGACAAGUCUUGGAUAAUCGGUAUGGCUUGAAGCGAUGGCAAAUAGGGGAAAUUGCUUCAAAGAUUGGGCAGCUAUACUACCAUUAUUACUUACGCACGUCUGAGACCAGCUAUCUGAAUGAGGCUUUCUCCUUCUAUUCUGCGAUCAGACAGAGAUCAUAUUAUUCUCAAGUCAAUAAAGAGGACAGACCUGAGUUGGUAGUUAAGAAGCUACGAUACUAUGCAAGAUUUAUAGUAGUUUGUCUUCUUCUGAACAAAAUGGAUGUUGUAAAAGAUCUGGUAAAGGAAUUAUCAGAUGAAAUCGAAGAUUAUACUCAUCGCUUUAACACUGAAGACCAAGUGGAAUGGAACUUGGUGCUUCAAGAAGUAGCAGCUUUCAUUGAGGCUGACCCCGUAAUGGUAUUAAAUGAUGAUAAUACCAUUGUUAUCACAUCUAAUCGCCUUGCUGAAACGGGAGCCCCAUUGCUGGAACAGGGCAUGAUUGUGGGACAGUUGUCUCUGGCUGAUGCCCUCAUUAUUGGUAAUUGUAAUAAUCAGGUUAAGUUCAGUGAACUCACUGUUGACAUGUUCCGAAUGUUACAAGCCCUGGAGAGGGAGCCAAUGAAUUUAGCGUCCCAGAUGAAUAAGCCAGGAAUGCAGGAAUCAGCUGACAAGCCCACCAGACGAGAAAACCCCCACAAAUACCUGCUUUACAAACCAACCUUCAGCCAGCUAUACACAUUCUUAGCAGCAUCUUUUAAGGAGCUGCCUGCCAAUAGUGUGCUUCUGAUUUACCUGUCAGCCACUGGUGUUUUCCCCACAGGUCGUUCUGAUAGUGAAGGUCCUUAUGAUUUUGGAGGUGUACUUACUAAUAGUAACCGUGACAUUAUAAAUGGAGAUGCCAUCCACAAACGAAAUCAGUCCCACAAGGAAAUGCACUGCCUUCACCCUGGAGAUCUCUAUCCUUUCACUAGGAAGCCCCUGUUUAUCAUUGUGGAUUCAUCCAACAGUGUGGCGUACAAGAAUUUCACAAAUUUGUUUGGACAGCCACUAGUCUGCUUGCUUUCUCCUACAGCAUAUCCAAAAGCUUUACAAGAUCAAUCUCAACGAGGUAGCCUCUUCACUCUCUUUUUGAACAAUCCUCUAAUGGCCUUCCUAUUUGUCUCUGGAUUGUCAAGCAUGCGUAGAGGCCUAUGGGAAAAAUGUCAAGAAUAUCUUCGAAAAAUCAACCGUGAUAUUGCCCAGCUACUGACCCAUUCACGUUCAAUAGAUCAAGCAUUUCUCCAGUUUUUUGGAGAUGAAUUUCUUCGCUUGCUUCUCACAAGAUUUAUCUUUUGUUCAGCAACUAUGAGGAUGCACAAGAUUUUUCGG